AUGUCGCGCCAACCCAUGAGCAUGGAGGCCAUGCUGGACGAGGAGAGGAGAGACGUCCUGGCGCUGCUCGAAGGCACCACGAGCCGACCCAGCUGGAAUUCAAAUUCUCCCGUAUCUGCACGCUCGCCCUCGCCCUACACUUCGCCUCGCUCUCCCGUGAGGAGUAUGCUGGAUAUUGGUGAUGAAGGUGGGAAGAAGAGCCCAGCCAGGACCACAGUCAUGCCAGUUCGCAGCAUGCUGGACAUUGACGCUCCCCCCGCCCCAGUCAGGAGUAUGCUCGAUAUCGACACCUCUGCUCCCAAGCAGGUCGCUAGCGCUGGACCCAGUUCCCCCGUAGAGUCUCGCGCGCCUCAUCCCAGGACAUUCUCCGACUCCCACUCAGGCCCCAAACCCAGCUUUGGGCCGCGGGCUCCCAUCAACAGGCUGGACCCCACCUCGGACUACCAAUUCUCAGAUAUUGCUACCAACAACAUCGGUCAAGCUAUGCCGAAGCGCAACACACAGGGCGGAAGGAAAACUGCUGGCGGCGUCAUGGCCGAUGUCAUGCGCGGCAAUGAAAUUCCCGGCAUCGUUCUCCCCGGCGAAAGAGCCCGUCACGGUUCAAUCGCUUCCAACCCUGUCCCACGGAACGCCAGAAGUUCGAGUAGGGGCAACAACAGCAAAUCCAAGUCGCCCCAUGGUCGGCUAGGCAUGCGCUCCCCCUCACCUAAUGUCAGCGGUCGCUUCCAGCAGAUUCCAGGAACCGCUAUGCUUGAUGACGGCCGUGUUGUAGACAUCACUAGGGCCUAUCGCAAACUGUCUGAUGCUAAUCUUGCCUUCUCUAAAGGCAACCUGGGCGAGCUUGCUACGCGCAAGAAGUCCAACGCAAGUGAGCGCAACGGUGGACGCUUGACCAAAGACUACCUCAGUCCUGACGGGGAAGAGCUUGAGGAAAGUAGCGAUGAAGAGCACAGCUUCUCGGACGAGGAGCAACACAGAGGACGUAAGAUGUCCCCUCGUUCUGCAGACGACACCUCGAAGUCUUCUGCCGGGGAUAAGGGUGAGCGUAAGACUCUUAGCCUGCUCGCCGCAGCUGAGGAAGAGCGCCUCGAAGUCAGUGCCCAGCAGCCCCAGUAUCAAUAUAAAUCAUUGCUGGACGACCCGCAAAUCACUCUUACCACCCCCACUGGUGAAAAGGCAAAGCCAUCCAAGUCUAAGUCUGGUGUUCACCCGACUACGGCAUUCGAUCAAGGGCCGGGCUCGGGGCCGGCUUCGGCUGUCAACUCUGACGAUGAAGAAGCGCUCACGGAUAUUAAGCGAGCGCAGAGGCUGGCAUUUUCCAGCACAGGCUACCAAAACUAUGAUGAGCAUUCUCGGACUCUUCGCAUCAUUUAUCGAGGUGAGUGGGAGCAGAUUCAAAAGGCGGCCGAAGAGGAGCACCACAGGUUGCGAAAGUACUUGGUUGCUACAGACCUGAGCGAUGAGUCUACUCAUGCCCUGGAGUGGGCUAUUGGCACUGUCUUGAGGGACGGAGACACGCUUAUUUGCAUGUACUGCGUUGAUGAGGAGACUGGCAUUUAUUCAACCGACGGGGUUAUGGUGCCGGACGAUCCUAAAGCGCAUAGGGAGCAGGCGGCCGCCCUUACAGCCAUCUCAAACUCAAAGACGACCUCAGCAAUCAGUUCGGUUGCCCCGGCAUUCCCUCAUCUUCCCCGGGCUUCAGCUUUGAGGACGGAUUCGCACGGCACGCCAUCGCCAGCGCCAUCAAGCCGGGAGCGCGGACGAGCUGAGGAGGAGCGUUUGCGGGCAAUUGACGACAUUACGGAGCGCGUGACAAAGCUUUUGCGCAAGACGCGCCUGCAAGUGCGAGUAAUUGUUGAGGUCCUACACUGCAAGAACCCCAAGCACCUGAUCACUGAGAUAAUCGAUCUCCUCAACCCGACCCUUGUGAUUCUGGGUAGCCGCGGGCGCAGCGCACUCAAGGGUGUCAUCUUGGGCUCGUUCUCAAACUACUUGGUUACUAAGAGUUCUGUGCCCGUCAUGGUGGCUCGUAAACGCCUGCGGAAACAGAGCAAGUACAAGCGGCCUAUGAAGCAGGUCAACAUAAUUCAUACUCCGGGAGCGAAAAGUCUAGCCAACGCGAAGGUUGACUAG